AUGGCAGUCUCCUCGGCGGUGAAGGUCAUUCCACGACCAAUGGAGCUUCAAGCAAAACCAGGUACGAAGGCAACAUUUUUGGCGAAGUUCCCAGCUAGGCCAAUUGGUGGAAUAGCUAUUCAUUCAACAGAGGAGAUAUUGGUACCAAUAUCUGUAUGA